AUGUCUGCAAAGCACAUUUUUGGAGCUCUUUCUCUCCUCCUUACAAACAUUCACGCUGCUCCUACGGCCAACAAACCGGUACCUUCUGUCAUUUCAUACUGCCCUUCUACAGCUGCCACCUUUGAGACGCAGCAAAAGAUUUUCGCCGAGUUCGUUGAAAUCAUGUUCACAGAACGCAACAUCACGAAGGCAUACGAUAUUCAUCUGCUUGCUGAUCCCAACUAUGUCGACCACGAUGCAUUUCAUGGGCCGAGCAAAGCCGACGGCCUUGCUCUUGUUAUUCCUUGGUUUCACGAUACUUCUUUCAGCGUCUGGAACACAUUUGUGCAAGACAAUAUUGGCAUCAGUGUCGAGAUGGGUGUUAUGGAAAACGGCACUACCGCAGCAUUUGUCGACUUUUGGAGAUUUCAAGGCACCUGUAUCGUGGAACACUGGGAUGUGAUUGAAUUCGUGACUGGAGAUUCACCAAAUCCCAAACCCCUUUUCCCAUUGCCGGUCCCCUUGAAAUCUACUACUGAUGGCGGAAAGCGUCAGUAA